AUGGCUUCAGCUAUUUACUCCCGACUUCAACCUACCGCAGCGGCGAGACUGUCCUUCCGGACCCCCAAACUCAUAAGCAAAAGAUCUACUCGCAUACAACCCUUUCGCAGCUUCUCCAGAUCCCUACAGCCAGCAAUGUUGACGACGGAACUCUCCGACGCUCAGGUCUCGGCCCUGAGAGCCAACAAAGACCGUCUCGCAAAAGACCUUCAUGAAAGUUGUCAAUGGGGAUAUGGUAUCCGCUGGGGAGAGGGACCGACAGACACGGGCAUGCAGCGUCUGGCACUAUCGGAGGAGGACAAGAAAGUACGCGACUGGUUUAUUGAAACUACGAAAGCAUUGAAGUGCAACAUCACAGUUGACGAGAUGGGUAACAUCUUUGCGGUACGGCCUGGGCGAAGAAAGGAUGUCCCGCCGACCUUCAUCGGCAGCCAUCUGGACACACAGCCUACGGGCGGUCGUUACGACGGCAUCCUCGGGGUCCUCUCCGGUAUCGAGGCUUUGAAGGUCAUUGAUGAGAUGGGCAUCGAAACUGAAGGAGGCGUUGGAGUCGUGAACUGGACGAACGAGGAGGGCGCCCGUUUCCCCAUCAGUAUGAUCUCUUCCGGAGUAUGGGCCGAAUGCAUCCCGCUGGAGAAGGCGCAUGCGCUCAAAGAGGUCCCCGACUGUCGCGUCUCUCCCCACAGCAUCCUCUGCCCCCGAGUCCAUGAAUGCUCUUACCAGGAAACGCCCAUGGCGGCGCACUUUGAGUUGCAUAUUGAACAGGGUCCGCAUUUGGUCUCUGCCGGCCAACGUGUCGGUGUCGUCACUGCCGUUCAAGCCUACCGCUGGUACCGCCUCAACAUCAUCGGUAGAGAUACUCACACAGGCACUACGGCAUUCCAGCACCGUGCAGAUGCUCUAUAUGCGUUCGCACGCAUGAUGGUACACGCACGCGAAGUCGCCGCCUCCCAUGGCUGUCUGGCUAGUGUGGGAAUUGUCGAGGCGAAGCCUGGUAGUGUGAAUACUGUGCCAGGCCUUGUCAGCUUCUCGCUCGACAUUCGGGGGCCCGAAACCGAGCUGGUCGGAAUUGUGGAGGCUGAACUGAGAAAGGAUUUCGACGCCAUUGCGGCCGACGAGGGCAAGGGUAUCGGCAAGCCCUGUCGUGUGGAGUGGAUUCUGGACUUCGACUCGCCCGCGGUGAAGUUCCACCCUGACUGCAUUGACUGUGUGCAGCAGUCGGCUGAGGCGGUUGUUGCAGACUCCCCUGACCCGAAGUCGCUGGUGCGUACGAUCAUGAGUGGUGCUGGCCAUGACAGUGUCUUCACCUCCAAGCGAGUGCCUACCAGCAUGAUCUUCGUGCCUUGUAAAGAUGGGCUGAGCCACCAUCCCGAAGAAUACUGCACUGCCGAGGACUGUGCCACGGGUACAUCCGUUAUCCUCCAAGCGGUCAUCCGCUAUGACCGGAAGCGGUUCUCUUGA